AUGACCACCUUCCACCACCCAGUCGUUGCCGUCUCACACGGACCCGGUCCGCUGUGGCUGCUCUCGUCGGGCUUCGUCGGCAUGAGCAACAGCAGCCUGCCCGCGCCCACGCUAACCACCACGUUCGAGAAGCUGUACCCCAAGGGCGAGAACCUCCCCAAGCGAAUCUUCUUCAUCUUCGCGCACUGGGAGUCCGACAGCAGCGGCUUCGAGAUCUCCAGCGCCGCCAGCCCCGACAUGAUCUUGUGGUAUUGGAAAGUGGCAGUUUCCAACGCUGUUGACCCGCCAGCCCGACAAUCAAGUUCAAUCAAGGGGCGAUCAAGGCGAGGUCAAGCGAGAGACGGAGAUGGCUGCUUCUGA